AUGGCCUCUGCUGCCCGUACCUUCUCGAGAGCUCUUGCUCGCGGCGCUACGCCUGUGACCUCCGUCAGACCCUCGGCAACUCGUAAUGCUGCUCGAUUCUCCCUUCCAGCACAGACCUACAGAGCCUCCUGGCGAAGAGGAUACUCCACGGCCUCCGAGCCUCAAAAGUCCUCCUCUGGCAUGUACUGGGCUCUCGGAGCUGUUGCCCUGGCUGCCGGUGGUACUUAUUACUACAUGAACAAUGAGAGCUUUGCUGCUGCUCAGAAGCCAUUUGUCCCAACCAAGGAGGACUACCAGAAGGUCUACGACGAGAUUGCGCACCUUCUUGUGGAGAAGGAUGACUAUGAUGAUGGCAGCUACGGACCGGUUCUCGUUCGUCUCGCCUGGCACGCAUCCGGCACAUACUGCAAGGACACCAAGACCGGAGGAAGCAACGGAGCUACCAUGAGAUUCGACCCCGAGUCUAACCACGGAGCCAAUGCUGGUCUCAAGACUGCUCGCGACUUUUUGGAGCCCGUUAAGGCCAAAUUCCCAUGGAUCUCCUACUCUGAUCUCUGGACUCUUGCCGGUGCCUGUGCCAUCCAGGAGUUGCAGGGUCCCACCAUCCCAUGGAGACCUGGCCGUAAGGAUAACGAUGCCUCUGCCUGCACUCCAGAUGGCCGUCUCCCCGACGCCUCCAAGGACCAGAAGCAUAUCAGAGACAUCUUUGGCCGCAUGGGCUUUGACGACCGUGAAAUGGUUGCCCUCUGCGGUGCUCAUGCCCUGGGUCGUGCCCAUGCUGACCGUUCCGGAUAUGACGGUCCUUGGGACUUCAGCCCUACUGUCAUGACCAACGAGUUCUUCAAGCUCCUCCUCUCUGAGAAGUGGGUUAACAAGAAGUGGUCCGGCCCUGCCCAGCUCACUGACAACAAGACCAAGACUCUUAUGAUGCUUCCCACCGAUAUGGCCCUGAUCAAGGACCGUGAGUUCAAGAAGCACGUCGAGCGCUACGCCAAGGACUCGGAUGUUUUCUUCAAGGAAUUCUCCGAGGCUUUCGUCAAGCUCCUUGAGCUUGGUGUUCCAUUCGAGUCUAAGCCAGAGGACCGCUUCGUUUUCAAGCCCUCCGAGUAA